GUGGGCUCAGGCGCCGGCGCGGCCCCGAUGCGUGGCUUCAUCCAAGACCGCGUGGUAGAUGGCAGGUCUGAGAACGUAUUCUUUUUUGGCAGCCAGGACGAGUCCGACUGCGCAUGCCGCGACGAACUGGGGGCCUGGGAGAAGGAGGGUUGUUUGAAGCUGUUCGUUUCGUUGAAUUCUCGCGGAGGCAGGGUGCUCGGAAGACGUGCGUGCAGGAUGUAAUCUCGCCUGGGGCAGCCUUGGUGGCGGAGCACGCCAGGAGAGGCGGUUCUAUUUAUAUGUGCGGUGACGCUUGCAAGAUGGUUCCCGUCGUGAAGGCCACCUUCGCCCGCGCGCUCACAGAAUCAGGCUUGGGGGGUGACUGCGUGGAGAAGGUGAUGGCCAAAGGCCAGUAUUACGAGCGCGUUUGGGCCGCGCAGUCCAUUUAAUUCGUUGCGACGCGUGCUGCGAGUCAGAGCUCAUUCGCUCGAUUUGCCGCAGAGCGUUUUCUCCGAAUGUGCUUUCUUGCGAUGUCGACCGCUUGCCAAACACCUUUUUGCCGUGGCCAUUCGGCGCGAAUGCCGUCGGUCGCCAGCUGCCUUCCGGCGCAGGCCGCGGCAAACGUCCGCCGCAAUGAGCCGCUUCACAGAGCAAGCAGCGGGCGGUAGACGUCCUGGUUCUUGGAAGGACAACAAGCACAUAUUGCC